UCUCUACUGUUUCCCGAGAUCCAAACGGAAAAAGCUUUUCUCCUCCAAACAUAAAAUGUCGUUAGGGCACAAAAGUUCGGGGAAUCCGGCCGCCAUACUUUCUUCUCUCGUGAACAAAAGAGAAAAGCUUCAAGACGACCUUCGCAAUAUCGAAAAACAGGUUUAUGAGUUAGAGACUAAUUAUUUACAAGAUUCGAGCCAUUUCGGGCAUGUUUUGAAAGGAUUCGAAGGGUUUCUUUCUUCAUCCAAGAACACUUCAAACUUGAAGAGAUCUAGGAAGUUUCAGCCUGAAGAUAGAUUGUUUUCUUUGUCAUCAGUCACGUCACCAGCGGCUGAAGAACUCGGAGUUCGACAGGAUGAUGGAAGAUCCGACCGGUCUAAGGGUGGAGGCAUAGCUGCCAAUGGCCAAGGUAAACCGAAGAAGGGAAGAACCGCCUCAUCGGCAAGGGACGGAAAGAGAACCAGGCCAUCGAGUGAACAAGAUUUCGAUGAUGAAGAUGAUCCCGAUAUGAGCUUGAGAUAGGUU